CAGUUGAGUCGAUAAACAACUGACAUUGACAGCACGAACCCAAAUAUAAUUUAUUUAUUUAUUGUUUAGACUUUAUAUUGCUAAUCUUUUUAAGCAAUAGCCAUAAUACUAUAAAACAACAAAAAUGUUAUUGAACUCAGUUAAAAGGGUCGCCACCACUUUUAAGAGGACUCCAAUUUUAAGUUUGGUGCGGCACAAGGGUGCUUAUGAAGGCGAUGAAAAGACCACAGUUCGGGUAAUCAAUCAAGAGUUGGAACUAGGCCUUAUGGUGGAUUCCUACGCAACAUAUGGCUUCAGAUUAAACAAUGGUGUGACAGUGCUGGGCCCUAUGGCUUUAUUCCCAAGGACAGUAUUGUCGUGGCAGGUGCGGGGAUCAUAUGAAAUCACAGAAGAAUCUUUGCGACUCUUCAAAAUAUUGGAGCCCAAAAUAGAUUUACUGAUAAUUGGAUUGGAGACAAAUGAACGCAAGGCCGUAGACACUGCGUUCCGCGCCGCGCGCGCUAACAAACUGAAUGUGGAACUGCUAACUACUGAACAUGCAUGCUCUACAUUCAACUUCCUAAAUGCGGAGGGCAGGUCUGUAGCAGGCGCACUGAUCCCACCGCUGAGUGUGACUGUAAACGAGGAUGACAUGCUGCAAACGCAGCUGCAUUACAGGAACCUCUACCAACAGGACUUAUAGAAAUGUACCAGCGGCACAUCUAGACUUGUACCUACAAGAAGUCGAAACUUGUACCAAUGGCACAUCUGAACUUGUACCAAUGGCACAUCUAGACUUGUACCAAUGGCACAUCUAGACUUGUACUAAUGGCACAUCUAGACUUGUACCAAUGGCACAUCUAGACUUGUACCAAUGGCACAUCUAGACUUAUAGCAAUGGCACAUCUAGACUAGUAACAAAUAAUUGUACUUUUAAUUAAGUUCCUUAGGACUUUAAGGCAAUUAGAAAUGUGUCUAUAACAUUAAAAUUGUAAUUUAACUCAUUUCUCAACCAAUAUCUUUAGUUGUUGAAAAAAUUGUAAAUAUUAGAGUAUUAAUGUUAUUUUGUUUUAAGUAAUGAAAAAUAUUUGUUUCUA